UUCACGAAUUGUUGCUGGGUCACUGUGUCAGUGUUAUCAUUUUACAACGUUUAUCAUAUAGUGAUACAAGCAAAAUAUCCGUGAAAAUGAGUGUAUUCUCCGAACUUAAGAUUGAGGAGUACAAAGAAGCGUUUCUAAUGUUUGAUACGGUUGGAGAUGGUAAAAUCGAGUGCACUGAAUCUGGUGACGUGAUCAGAUCGUUAGAAUUCAAUCCGGCAUCAGAAGACAUAAAGAAAGUUGUCCAAGAUGUUGAUCCUAGAGGAAUCAAGAGGAUAACGUUCGAAGAAUUUUUACCCAUUCUUCACGAAGUUGCUCAAAAAUGUCCAAAGAAACCUAGGACCGAGGACUUUUUGGAAGGAUUGAAAGUUUUUGAUAAAGAUGGCUACGGCGUUGUUUUGUCAGGCGAACUACGACAUGUUCUGACAUCUCUAGGUGAUAAACUUACUGACGAAGAAUGUGAUGUCCUGUUCAAAGACGUUGAAGAUAAAAAAGGAAGGGUAAAUAUCGAAGAGUUUGUAAAAAUGGUUAUUUCUGGUUAAAUCAACUUCCACUUCGUCAUAUCCUACUGAAUAUAAGCAAUACAAACUGUCUUCUGAUAACGUACAUUUCAACAUGUCCAUCGAUUCCUUUAUGCUAAUCUUGUUGUCGCUUUUCAAUAAAAAAAAAUUUUGUAAAAA